AGGCAAGUACAUAACCUUACUUCUACAUCGAGUUCCUUGCUUUUAAUUAAUCGCAUUUAAGAGCUUUUGUGUGUUUGUUUAAAAAUUAUUGAUAAAUUGAUAGUUAAAAAAAAGAAAAAGAAAUAAAUAAUUAAUAAGAAAUAAAAGAAAUGUUACUUCGUGCGUGUCCCACUUGGCUAGAAAAUCAACUCGUUUCCUUGUACUUCAAGGCACGAAGUAUUACCACAAAUGGUUUUCGUGGUUCGCAUAGUAACUCAGUGUUAAUAGAACAACCCGAAAUGAAGAUCCAAAUAUUAUCUGCUCUUCAAGAUAAUUACAUGUAUCUCAUUAUCGAUGAGAAAUCCAAAGAUGCUGCCAUAGUAGAUCCUGUUGAUCCAGAUGCAGUUGAUUUAGCAGUUAAACAAAAUAAUGUCAAUCUUACUAAAAUUUUAACGACGCAUCAUCAUUGGGAUCAUGCAGGAGGCAACGAUAAAAUGGUGAAAAAGUUUGAUAAUUUGCAAGUAUAUGGCGGAGAUGAUAGAGUGGGAGGACUUAAUUGCAAAGUACAACACAAUGAUACUUUUAAUAUUGGAAGUUUAAACGUUCGAUGUCUUGCAACACCAUGUCACACGACUGGACAUAUUUGUUAUUACGUUACAGGAGAGGGAGAUACUCCAGCUGUAUUUACUGGUGACACAUUAUUUGUGGGUGGCUGUGGUAGAUUCUUUGAGGGUACUGCUGAACAAAUGUAUAAAGCACUUAUCGAAGUUUUGGGUAAACUACCGGAUGAAACGAAGGUAUAUUGUGGACAUGAAUAUACUGCUAAUAAUUUGAAAUUUGGUAUUCACGUUGAACCAAAUAAUGAAGCUAUUCGUCAGAAAAUCGAAUGGGCUAAUUUACAGCGUGGAAAGAAUACUCCGACUAUACCGAGCACAAUAGAAAACGAGAAACUUACAAAUCCGUUUAUGCGCGUCCACGAACAAUCCGUUAUGGAACAUGCUAAACAAAAUGAUCCCAUAAAGACGAUGGCAUUUCUACGUCAAAAGAAGGACAGUUUUAAGGCAUAAUUUAUUUUCUAAAAUAUUGUGUUCUCUUAUAUUACUUCCAAUAAUCUAAUAUAAAUAAAAAUAUGUGGGUUAUAUUUAUUAAGGAAAAGAAGAGGCAAACAAGGGAUUUGCGUUUUUAUAUAGAAUAUCUAUUAUGCUAUACAAUUACAUAUGAUCGUAAAUACAAACGUACAAUUAAAGAUAAUA